UCCCGCUCUGGCGCAUGGGAGUUGUAGUCUCUGUGCUCAGGGUUUGUUUUUCCCCGUGAACUACAUUUCCCAGAGGGCUCCCUGGGCUCGGCCGGCGCUGUCCUUCCGCGGCCGCAGCCCACGGCAGCUGAACAUGUUCUCUGCCAGGAAGUGGUGUGGCGUUUUCGGAGCUGUCAAGCUGCAUCAUUUCAGAUCCCGUUCCGUAUCCAGAGCCUCUCCAAACUUGACUUUCGUGCCAGCCUGUCUUCCCCCAGAUCCCGCAGAAGUGGAGGAGCUGCAGCGCUUUGUUUCUAACUCCAAGAGGCUCUUUGUGAUGACUGGAGCUGGAAUCUCCACGGAGUCAGGGAUCCCCGAUUACCGCUCUGAGGGCGUGGGGCUCUACGCCAGGACAGACAGACGGCCCAUGCAGCACGCUGAGUUCGUCCGCAGCGCCAGUGCCCGGCAGCGCUACUGGGCAAGGAACUUCGUGGGCUGGCCCCAGUUCUCCUCCCACCAGCCAAACAAGGCUCACCUGGUGCUGAGAGACUGGGAGAAGCUGGGCAAGCUGCACUGGCUGGUGACCCAGAACGUGGAUGCCCUUCACACCAAAGCCGGGAGCCAGCGCAUGACGGAGCUGCACGGCUGCAUACACAGGGUCUUCUGCUUGGCCUGUGGAGACCAAAUCUUGCGUGCUGAGCUCCAGAAGCACUUUGAAGCUCUGAAUCCUACUUGGAAAGCUGAAGCAUUUGGGGUGGCUCCAGAUGGGGAUGUCUUCCUGACGGACGAGCAGGUGCGCAAUUUCCAAGUGCCAGCCUGCCAAAAGUGUGGUGGAAUCCUGAAGCCUGAUGUGACCUUCUUUGGAGACACAGUGAGCCAGGAAAAAGUCCGUUUUGUACACCAACGCCUGGCAGAAUCAGACUCCAUGCUGAUAGCAGGAUCCUCUAUGCAGGUGUACUCUGGUUACAGGUUUGCUCUUGCUGCCCGGGAGAAGAAGCUGCCAAUUGCAGUCCUUAACAUUGGGCCCACCAGGUUGGAUCACUUUGCAUCCUUAAAGCUGAAUUCCCGCUGUGGAGAGCUGCUGCCUUUGAUUGUUUGCACAUGACCCAACCAGCUGAGCUUCAGUAGCUGUCAGGAUUAAAGUUACUUUUACAAGGACUCAUCUCAGAAAGGGGAAAACUCCAAUGCAAGAGGCAGCUGCGAGAUGCAGUGCACAGCCGCUGAGGGCACCAGGAGAGGGCAGCAAGCCUCACGCGUGUCAGCCUCACCAGCUCUCUCCAUUGAAACCACGUAGCAGGAAACUGAAUGAGGAUGGAAAAAAAGUACUUUUCUGCCUUAGCUUGCCGUUAAACAGUGCCUUUUCAUUCACUGGGACAGGAUAAUUGGACUACCAUGUCUGAGGACAAAAUACCUUUCUUUUAAGUACCCCCAGAGGAGAAGGGUGGGAUGGGGAUUUUGACCAGGUAAUUUGAGGCUGGAGCACAGGAGGGCGAUGUGGGACACUGCUGGGGGAUCCAGUGUCACUGGUGGGAUACUGUAGAGUGUGCAAAGAGGAAAAGGAGGCACGAGGAACUGCAAUGGUCACGUAAAAGAAAAAAGGUUCAAAACAGAAGCUGAACAAGAACACUGCUCUUGUAACAGGUUAUUUGGAAGGACAGGCUAUAAGGUUGACAUCUUCCAGCAAGGAGGGGAAGUCAGCAUUUCCAGCAUUUCUCUCAACUGUUGGUUGACAAGCUAAACUGCUUCCUAUCCGAGCCCUUUAAAAAUUAAACAUUGUUGAGAUGCCAGAGGAGUUACUUGAAGCUAAUCUGACCAGCACUACUUUCAGUGAGGCCACUACAUUUUCCAGAAUGCAUUUCUGAAGAUGUUAUUUAAUUAAUGAAUAGCUAAGGAAUCAAUUAAAAUUGUUUAGAAGAUUGA